GGAAGAAGCUCGAAAAAUUGCAGAAGGAUUCAUCGUAGACGAUGAAGAGGAAUCUGAUGCGUCUGAAGAAGUAACUGCUCGUCGUAAAAAAAGAAAGAAGGUUGAAGACUACGAUGAGGAUUUGGACGAAGAAGAUUUAGAAUUGCUUGAAGAAAAUAUGGGAAUCAAGCUAAACCGUUCUACGGGUCCUAAACUGAAGCGCCUUAAACGCGGUCGUGAAGAAUUGUCACGUCAGGAAUCAAGAAAUGUAGGAAACAUUUUCUCCGAUGAAGAACAGGCCGAAGAUCAGAACCAGCGUGAUGAUUAUGCUGAGGAUUACGAUGACCGUUCUAGAUAUCGUCGUGAUAUGUAUGAUGAUAUGGGAGAUUUCAUUGCAGAUGAGGAUGACGAGGACGAUUUAAAUGAAGUAUUGGGCGAAAGAGCUGAGGCUCGUGGUUACGAUGACGAACGACGUGGCAGAAGAAAGGCAAACAUGGACAUGAUGAGUAUUUUACCCGAAGGCAUGAGUGAAGAUGUACUUGUUGACAUGUACGAUAUCUUUGGCGAUGGUAGAGAAUACGAAUGGGCUUUGUAUAAUGAUGAGGAGGAGGAAGCCGAAAGAGAGCGUGAACCUCAAUUAGCUGAUAUAUUUGAGCCUAGCGAGCUUGCAGAACGUAUGAUGACAGAACAGGAUGAAGAAAUUCGUUUGCGUGAUGUUCCAGAGCGCCUCCAAAUGCGAUAUGAAGGCACUAAUAAAUCAUUUGAGCAAGCAACCAACGAAGAAGUUCAAGAGGAAGCUCUCUGGAUAGCUCAAGCUAUGGUGAAUGCUAGAGGCAUGCUACAGCCUGACGAACAGUUUAUUUCCGCCAUCGCGUAUGUUGUUGGGUUCCUCACACGUGAAUUCUUAGAAGUGCCUCAUAUCAAAGACCAUCGUCGAGAUUUCUUUACAGAAAUUAACAAAGACACGGGUAUUAGUAAAGAAAUUUUGACAGAAAAAGAUCUUUGGGAGAUAUACGACUGGGAUUUCAAAUACCACGGCUUUGUAGAGCGUCGACAGGCUUUAAGAGAUUUCCUCGAAAAGACACAGAUUACAGAUGAAUAUGUAGACACUAUACUGAGUAGAGCAGAAAGAGUAGAAGAAAUCACCGAUUUGACCGAAUAUGUCAAUCUCAACUUUUCUGAAAGGAUCAAUGCUAUCCAGCAGCAUAAUCGUGGGCCUAAACGCCCUACUACAAAGUCUUUGUAUCAAUCCAGUAAAGAUUCUGAUAUUCAUAAUCUUUUACCCAAAUUCGGCGUUACAGCAAGACAAUUUGGUACAAACUACAUGGAAAGCACACGCCAAUAUUUCCCCGAAGACAGUCCUUUGGAUCCUAUUGCAGAAGCACAUCUCUAUAUUGACAAUGUAUUCACAGAUGAACACAAAGUCUUGAAGGCUGCUCGAUCUAUUUUGGCUCAAGAGCUUGCUUAUGAUCCACAAGUACGUAGAGCGAUGCGUCGAGAUUGGGAAGCUUAUGGUACAGUGACAGUCAGACCAACAGAAAAAGGGUAUACUGUGAUUGAUGACCUUCAUCCGAUGAAACCUUUCAAGUACUUGUCAGAUAAACCCCGUGACGCUUUUAAGGAUGGACAGUUCUUGCAAAUAUUGAAGGGUGAAGCAGAUGGUCUUUUGAAUGUGACCAUAAGCAUUCAAGAUUAUCCUUCCUGGCUCGGCCGAAUGUGUGAGUUUUACCUUUCAGAUGGCUUCAGUGAUUCUGUACAGCAAUGGAACGAGCAACGAAAGGAAGUCUUGAACUUAGCAUUGCAAGAAUACUUACUUCCGUUGAUGAAAAAGCAUGUACGUGAAAAACUACGCAUGGAAGCUCAAGAAUCUGUUUGUCAUGCGGCCUUUACCAGUCUUUACAACAAAAUCAACGUUGGACCAUUUAGAGGUCCAGAAUCUCAAUUCAAGAGUGCAGUUCCUCGCGUGGUCACAGUUACAGCUGGGAACGGUACUCAUAAAGACCCAGUUGUUGCAGUCUUUGUAAACCAACGUGGAAAAGUAUUGGAUCAGAUAGAAGUGCCCAACUUGAAAGACGAGAAGGACUGGAAGCAACUCUCCGAGUUCAUCAAGUCAAAAAAGGCCAACGUACUAGGUAUUGCAGGUUACAAUGCAGAGAUACGAAAAGUGAUAAAACAUAUGCAAACAAUGCUAAGUGAAAUCAAUCAGUCGAACGAACAAAGUGGGCUUUCUAAAAUGGACAUGGUGAUCGUAGAUGACGAAACAGCAAGACUUUACAAGAGUUCACGCCGUGCUCAGCAAGAAUUCCCCGAGCAUACAGAGACAAUGAGAUACUGUAUCUCCCUUGCUCGUCGACUUCAAAAUCCCGUGAUGGAAUACGCUAGCUUAGGUCGCGAUUUGUUGGCCAUUCACCAUCAUGACCUUCAGCAUCUGAUACCCGAAGAUACACUGUUAUUUUACUUGGAACGCGCAUUGAUCAGCGUUAUUAACGACUUGGGCGUCGAUAUUAAUGCAGCCGUCCAAAGCCCCUAUCUGGCUAGCGCUCUUCAAUAUGUCUGUGGGUUUGGCCCUCGUAAGGCCCAAAGCAUCUUGAAAAAAAUUGAAGCGACAGGUGAACUCGAAAGCCGUACAGCUCUUGUCCUUCGUAAAUUGACGCCAGCAAAUACAUUUAUGAACUGUGCAAGUUACCUUCGCAUUCGAGACGUGGAUGGAGCAGAUAUUUUAGAUGAUACACGCAUCCAUCCUCAGGAUUACGAAUUGGCGAGAAAAAUGGCUGCUGAUGCGCUUGAAAUUGAUGAAGACGAAAUGGAUGACUAUGACUCUAAGGUGGCUGUUGUCACUCGUGUGAUUAAGGAAUAUCCUGACAAGCUGAACGACUUAAUUUUAGAUGACUAUGCUGUUGUUUUGCGUAAGCAGUACAAUGCACCUAAGCGACAAAUCUUAGAGCAUAUAAAACUUGAACUUCAGGGUCCUUAUCAUGAUCGUCGUAACCGAUAUGCUCGCCCUACGAUGGAAGAACAAUUUGUCAUGGUGACUGGAGAAACGCGUCAACAGUUGAGCGAAGGCUUUAUCAUACCAGCGAUGGUGGUUGCUUGUCGUGGCAAAGUUGCAAAUUGUGUGCUUGACUCUGGCUUGGAAGGAAUCAUUUACGUCAACAAUGUUUCUGAUGAACGUGUCAUGAAUGUAUCUGAUGUACUAAAAGUUGGACAAACGAUCAACUGUAAAGUAUUAAGAAUCGAUCGUGACAAGUUUAUGAUAGAAUUGUCUUGUAAACCUUCAGAUACCAAGCCUGGAAGUGAUCUGCAUCUCCGUCGCUUGCCCGAGGAUACAUAUUAUGAUCAUACCGCCGAGGCAAAAGAUAAAGAACAGCAAAAGGCAAACAGACGCAAGCAAUCAAAAUCGAAACGUGUUAUCAAGCACCCACUGUUCAGACCAUUUAAUCAUAUGGAGGCUGAAGAGUAUUUGUCUUCACGUCAACGUGGUGACUUGGUCAUUCGGCCAUCUUCACAUGGCUAUGAUCAUAUUGCCAUUACAUGGAAAGUGGAUGACGGGAUCUAUCAGCAUAUUGACGUAUUAGAAGUUAAGAACAAUAAUGACAUUCAUGCACCACCAAAACUAAAGAUCGGCAACCAGAUGUUUGAAGAUUUGGAUGAAUUGAUUGUAACCUAUGUCGAAGCUGUUGCACGCAAGGUUGAAGAGAUUAUGGCACAUCCUAAAUAUGUACCUGGUGGUAGCCGUGCAUUGAACGAGCAUCUAACAGCAUUAACUCAAGCGAAUCCAAAGGUGUCAGCUUAUGGUUUUUGUCAAAGUGAAAAAGCAGGCUACUUUGAUUUAGGCUUUAAAAUAAGUGCAAAAGGACCACCUAUGCGAUGGGUUGUCAAGGUGCUGCCAGAUGGUUAUCGUUUGAGGAACGUGUCUUAUCCUCAAGUGGAUGACUUAAUAAAUGGAUUCAAGCGUAUUCAAAUGGCAGAAGCAAGAAAACGCAGGGCAUAAAAAAGUCUGUAUACAUUACCAAAAAAAGAAAAAGAUAUUUUGUAGAAAAACGUUGUGGUUAAUAAAAAUAAUAAUAAACAUUUAACGCAUAAUAAAGUGAAAAAAAGG